CAGCAGCAACAGCAACAACAGCAGCAGCAAAAACAGGAACAGCAGAAACAAACAGCAACAACAGCAACAACAACAACAACAGUAACACAACAACAACAACAACAACAACAACAACAACAACAACAACAACAACAGCAGCAGCAACAGCAACAACAGCAGCAGCAAAAACAGGAACAGCAGAAACAAACAGCAACAACAGCAACAACAACAACAACAGUAACAGCAACAACAACAACAACAACAGCAACAACAGCAGGAAGAACAACAAAAGCAGCAAGAAUAACAACAACAACAUCAGCAACAACAACAACAACAACAACAACGACAACGACAACGACAACAACAACGAUAACAACAACAACGACAACAAUAACAACAACAACAGUAACAACAACAACAACAACAACAGUAACAGCAAUAACAGCAACAACAACAGCAACAACAGCAGGAAGAACAACAAAAGCAGCAAGAAUAGCAACAACAACAGCAGCAACAACAACAACAACAACAACAACAGCAACAGCAACAGCAACAGCAACAGCAACAGCAACAGCAACAGCAACAGCAACAGCAACAGCACCAACAACGACAACGUUAAAAAAGUAAAAUGGAAAUUUUUCCUAAUAGCUGAAAUUGACCGAAGCAGCAACAGCAACAGCAACAGCAACAGCAACAGCAACAGCACCAACAACGACAACGUUAAAAAAGUAAAAUGGAAAUUUUUCCUAAUAGCUGAAAUUGACCGAAGCAAAGACCAUUAUAUCUGGGCAGAGGAUAACACUGACCAGCUAUCCUUGACUUGUGAAGCAAAAGGGUAUCCCACCCCCGUACUCAGCUGGGUGAGAAAUAAUGAAACCGUGCAAAGUGAAACCAGUACGCUCGAAUUGACGGCUCUUGACGCUAAUCACACUGGAGAGUAUGAAUGCUGGGCGAAUAACACGCAUGGAGUAGAUGUCAAAGUUGUGGACUUGGUUAUUAGCAGUAAGUGUAACAUUUUUACAUAUACACUUUUACAGCUACACAAGUAAAAACCUCGAAACUUGUCAGCAAGAUGUGUUCGCAACAAGCUUGUAGCAUGCUUGUCAAUAAGUUGUAACAAUGGUGGUAUUUUAUCAAGUUGCUACAAGGUUGUCCCUCACAACUUGUUAACAGAUUGUUGAAUUGCAGUAUGGUAACAAGUUGUUGGAACAAAUUGUAACAAGUGUGUUGAGCUCAAUAAGCUUGUAACGAGGUGUCAACAAGCCGUUGACAACUUGUCAACAACCUGGGAACAAAUAGUGCGAACACAUCCUGUUGACAAGUUGCUGGAACAACAUUGCUGUGAGUCUGCUGCAGGUUUGUUACAACUUGUGUAGAGGGCACUCUGCAAGAUGUGUGCCAAAAUGUCAUUAGGCCGUCCGUUAUUUAGAAAAAACUGGAAUUAUCUGAGAGAAGGCGGUACUACAACUGUUUACUCAUAAAUUUUGGAGAGACUGUUAGUAUUACUGGAUUCAAUUCCGCCAUCUUGGUUCCACUUUUCUCAAAAUCCGAAUGACUCACUCACUCUUCAAUUCCCAGGUAACUUACGUGUGUGCGCAGAUUUCAAUGAAAUUCAGUUCAAAGUCGGCAAAUCUGAGAGCGAGGAAUUUAAAUUCAGAGGAAACCAGUGGUAUAGUUUUUUUGACCCAGACAACGGACACAGCUUGCAGGUACACUGAUUUAAUUUUAGUUUCCUUGUCCCUUAUUGUGCUGGAUAGCUUCGUUACGUAUUAGUCUUAGUCAAAGUGUUCUUCCUAGAGGUCCAGUAUAGGUGGAAACUUACACUAAACUAACUUUAUUCAUACUGGAUAGCUUUGUUAGAGGUUUAGUAAGAGUCAUCCUUUAUUGAUCCUGUGUUACUACAGGAGGAAACGUACUAAACUAAAUUAACUUUAUUCAUACUGGAUAGUUCUAUCAGUCCUAAACUGUUCUUCCUAGAGGUCCAGUAAGUGUUAUCCCUUAUUGAUCCAGUGUUACUGCAGGAGGAAACAUAAACUAAAUUAAACUGACUUUAUUCAUGCUCGGGGUGGAUAGUUCUAUCAGUUAUAAAUUGGUUUUCUAGAAGGCCGACUAAUAAAGUCGGUUCAGUUUAGGUUUCCUCCUUCAGUAACUCUGACCUGAUUCUUACUAGACUUCUAGGGAGAACAGUUUAGAACUGACAGAGCUAUCCAGUAUAAGUGAAGUUAGUUCAGUUUAGUUUAGGUUUCCUCCUGUAGUAACACUGGAUCAAUAAGGGAUGACUCUUUCUGGAUCUCUAGGAAGAACAGUUCAGAACAGAUGGAGCUAUAUCCAGUAUAAGUAAACUUAAUUUAGUGUACGUUUCCUAACACCGGAUUAAUAAGAGAUGACUCUUACUGGACCUCUAGAAAGAAUGAUUUAGAACUGAUAGAGCUAUCCAGUAAAGUUAGCUUAGUUUAAGUUUUCUUCUGUAGUAACACUGGAUGAAUAAGAGAUGACUUUUACUGGACCUCUAGGCUCUAGGGAGAACAAUUUAGAACUGAUAGAGCUGUCCAAUAUAAAUAAAGUUGGUUUAGUUUAUAGGCUCCCUCCUGUAGUAGUACCAUUGAAACGAAUUUCAAUGAGUAAUACUGGAUCAAUAAGAGAUGACCUUUACUGGACCUCUAGGAGAGAACAGUUUAGAAAUGAUAUAGAGCUAUAUAAUAAAGUUAGUUUGCAGGUAAGGUUCUACAUCACUAUGAAAAAGGGAGUUCCAGACCACUCGUGGAAGCAAUGUUGUAUUUAUAAAUGUUGUAUUUCACUACUUUAUUUCAGUUUUUCGAAUCGUUUCCCAAGGCCUCUCCCUGUCAGUUAUGGUUGAAAGGAAAACAUCCAAAAAUACAAGAUGGCGUAGUCAGCCGGACAUUGUGUUUGAAGCGCGAGUGUUCCACGACGUACGACGUGUUAAUCCGAAGAUGUACCGGUUCGUACGUUUAUAACUUUAAAGACUUUAAAAAGAUCUCUUCCUGGAUAACAUUCUGCUUUAGGAACGGUAAGUUGUUGUUUUUCUUUCAGGAUGUGCCUUUCCUUUUCACUCGAGUCGAGUCGUGUCGAGUCAAUGGCUUCACUCGAGUUGGGUCAAUGGCUACACGAAUUGUAUGGUGGACAAAAAUGCCUUAAACAAAUUCCCUACAAUUCCCUACAAGUGGAAACAUGCCUAUCUGCAUCGAGAAUUACUCUUUAAUUAAUCCUUCGAGCCCUUUCAUGACUCUCUCCCCCUCCCCCCAUUCCACUACAAUUUUUUUGAUGAAUUUAUCCUGAACAAAUUGUAGCUGAGUUGACUCAGCUCGAGUCAUUUACGGCAGAACUCAACAAGUCGAGUGUGAGUCGGGGGUUCUGCCGACCGCUCUGCCGUGAACGAAAAGAAAUAUAAACAAACAGUAUAUAAUCUAUACAUAAAACAAUUUGGUUAACAUAUUAUAAUACUGUUAUGUAAUUAUUGUCACUCGUCAUGAGCUGUUGGAAACCCCGUCGCUUCGUUAAUAAAUAGUUGUCCAAUGAUAAAAUAAACCCAUGGUCAUCGACUUAUACACGGAGGGGCUUAUAUUCAGGGGGGGGGGCUUAUAUUUGGGGGUUUACUGUAUAUCGUUUCUUUUUACAGCCAAAAAUCUCCGAAUUGGAAUGAAUCCAGCAAUAGCCUCUCCAAAAUACGGCUUCGCUUUGUUGGGAAGUGUUUUUCAAACGGAAACCGAUGUGCAGGAAUCCUUCGAUUGCUUAAUAAUGUGUCAAGUCUCCCCAAACUGCAAGUCUUUCAAUUUUUCCAAGAAGAAAAAAGUGUGUGAACUGAACAGCGCAACAAAGAAAGAAUUUCCACAAAACUACGUUGGUCGUUCAGACUACGAUCAUUAUCAGUUUGGCAAGGGGAUGGUGGUGUCGCGAGGAGGGGAGUUGUGA